ACCGUACCCCACCGUACCCCCCCCCUCCCCCAAUGGCUCCCCUUCUCCUCCUCCUCCUCCUCUUCUCUCCGCCGGCCGCCGCCGCCGCCAGCCUCCGCGAAACCUCCGCCCUCUUCCGAUCCCAAGCCACGGCGGAGCCGCCGCCGCACGCGGCUCCGACCACAUUCUUCGAGGUCACAAAACCCAUCUCCCUCCCCAAAACCACUCCCUGCUCCUACCUCCUCCUCCGCCACGACUUCGCUUACACCUACACCCGCCCGCCGGUCGCCGCCGCCUACUCGCCGCCGACGGACUGCCCUUCUCAGACCUUCGACAAAAUCGUCCUCGAAUGGUCCGCCACCUGCAAGGGCCGCCAGUUCGACCGGAUCUUCGGCGUCUGGCUCGGCGGCGUCGAGCUCCUCCGCAGCUGCACGGCGGAGCCCACCGCCGCCGGCAUUUUCUGGACCGUCAAAAAAGACGUCACCAGGUACCGUUCCCUCCUUCUGACCGGUAAUCAAACCCUCGCCGUUUAUUUGGGCAACGUCGUCGAUAAAACUUACACCGGCGUUUAUCACGUCAACGUUAGCCUCCAUUUCUACCCCGCCGAGGUCGUCCGCCAUGGGAACAACAAAUUGGGGGAAAAAUUAGGGUUUCCAAUUUCAGCCGAUUUGAUACUUCCAAUUUCUCGAAACUUGCCAUUGAACGAUGGAUUGUGGUUCGAAAUUACCAAUUCCACCCAAAUUAUGUCCAAAUCGAUCGAGAUUCCAUUGAAUUCUUACAGAGCUGUGUUAGAACUCUACGUAUCUUACCAUGAGAACGACGAAUUUUAUUACCAAAAUCUUCCAAACGACUACAUUGCUGCAAACAAUAUCUCCGGCGCCGCCGGCAACGGCCCUUUCCGGGAAGUCGUCGUAAGUUUAGACGAAUCGAUUAUCAUCGGAGCAAUAUCUCCGUUCACCGUGAUCUACACCGGCGGCGUCAACCCACUUUUGUGGCGUCCGAUCACCGGCAUUGGCUCGUUCAACGUCCCGUCUUACGACAUCGAAAUCACGCCGUUUUUAGCGAAGCUUCUCGACGGGAAGUCGCAUACGAUCGGGUUUAGCGUAACAAACGCAUUAAACGUUUGGUACGUCGACGCAAAUUUGCAUCUAUGGUUGGAUGGGAAAAGUUCCGCGACGCACGGGGCGUUGUUAAAGCACGAGAGCUCGCCCCUAUCGUUGUCCCUCGUCUCGAACUUUACGGGCCUCGAUGGAUCGUUCGUAACCAACGCUAGCCGGUCGAUCGUGUCCGUCGGAUGGGUGAACUCGUCGCACGGGAUGAUCACGACCCAUUCGCGACAGGGAUUUACGUGUACUAACGUUAUGACUAUCGAUAACGACGGGAACUCGCAGGCCGUCGAUCAAGUCGUGAAUUUGAACGCAACCGUCGAAAUUAAAACCCCAUCUUCUCCCGCGGGUUCCUCCGCCAAGUUGAGGAAAAAAUUCACCAUUUCCCUUCGCUCCACCGACGUGGACAAAGGGAAUGGAACUUACGACUCUGUAGCGAACGUGACAUUGGGAAUGAACGAGGAUUCGGAAAGGGUGUCAGAAUCGGGGCUAACGUUUUACGGGAAGGUCAAGAACGUGCAGAAAGGCGACGGGUAUAUGGUGGUGAAGGGGAACUUGGUCUCGAGCGGGUUAGGAAGUACGAGGCAAGAAUACGAGAGCGCCGCAACCGGAGAGACGUGUUAUUACAGGAAUGUGAGCAGCUCGAACUAUACUAUUAUUUACGACGAGGUGAGCGAUACUUGUAAGAACAAAUUCGCGAGGUUUCGACAUUCUUAUUUUCCUCGACGAGCUUUUCUUGGAUCAACCUUGACGUGGUAAGAACAAAAGGAUGGUUUGAUUGUGGCUUAUUGUAUGUGUUGGAUGAGCUUUCUUGUGUUUGUUUUGUUAUGUAAUUCUCUUGCCUUGUUCGAAAAGUAUCGAAGAAGUCAUUGUUGGUGUCUCUAGAAA